CCUCUUUACGUCUCUCGCUUAGAAGACGUGACCCGCAGAGAGGCCCUUCGGAUUCUGCCCGUUGACGGGGCAUGAAACAGUCAAACUCACGGGAUAUCAAGACUGGAAUCGGGCAAAGAUGUGAAAAGGGGAAUCUUGAGUUGCGAUUAAGUAGCCUAGUUGGAAGGAAAGGCUAUGAUAGAGGAAAAGAUGGCGAAUAACUCAACUUUAGAAAACGUGUUCUCUCACAGAACAGGACACAAUUCAUCUCAACCAUCUCCAUUCACUGUAAUCCGGGAAAAUCCACUAAAGACGUAUCUCCUGGGAAUCAUCAUUUCAAUAUGUGGGAACUUUCUCAUCAGCAUUUCUCUGAAUAUACAGAAAUAUGCCCACAUGCGCCAGUCCCAGCUCUGCAGCUCCAAGCCCUACUACACGUCAGUGCUAUGGUGGAGCGGUGUGGUUCUCAUGGGGGUCGGGGAGCUGGGGAACUUUGCAGCCUACGGCUUCGCUCCAGCCACCCUCAUCGCGCCACUGGGCUGUGUUUCAGUCAUAGCCAGUGCAGUCAUCUCUGUGGUUUUCCUUAAAGAGACACUACGAGCCUCUGAUAUUGUUGGUGGUGCACUAGCAGUGAUGGGGACCUAUCUCCUGGUCACCUUUGCCCCCCACACCUCCACCCACAUCACCGCCCACCUGGUCCAAAGAUACGCCGUCAGUUGGAACUUCCUGAUUUACCUGUUUCUAGAGGUCAUAAUGUUUUCUAUCCUGCUCUAUCUGUACAAGAGGAGGAAUAUCAAGCAUAUAACCAUAGUGAUGCUGCUGGUGGCGCUGCUGGCCUCCCUGACGGUGAUCUCAGUGAAAGCUGUGUCUGGGAUGAUCACUGAGUCUAUAAAGGGACAUCUCCAGCUCACCUACCCCAUCUUCUACGUCAUGGUAGUGGUUAUGGUGGCCUCCUGUGCGUUCCAGAUAAAGUUCCUUAAUCAAGCCAUGAAGAUGUUUGAUGCCACGGAGGUUGUUCCCAUCAACUUUGUGUUCUUCACUGCCAGUGCCAUUACUGCAGGAAUAGUAUUUUACCAGGAAUUCCAUGGGUUGGCUUUGCUCAAUAUAUUAAUGUUUCUCUUUGGCUGUCUGCUCUCAUUCAUUGGAGUCUUCCUGAUAGCCAGAGACAGACCCAAGAUCAAGACUCAAGACAAAACCUUUAUAGCCAUGGGAAAAAUCCCAGGGAGAAAAUCUAAAGAUAAGGUCCAGCCGGAGGCUAACAGUAACACAUACGGAUCUCUGGCAGCUAAACUCAUGUGUAACAAACCUGGCCCACAGGACGACUCGUAAUAUCAGCCACACCUGUGUGUUUUACCUGGACCUGUCUGUCUGUGUACCGAGACUACCUGUGUGUUUUACCUGGACCUGUCUGUCUGUGUACCGAGAC